CGCGAACGCGAUAUCUUCGAAGGUUCGGCGAUUCCAUCGGGAGCAACCCUCGUCGACUCGAUUGCUUGUCAGCGCCACCCCCCACCUCCAUUCGCAAACGCACGGCAUUAGCUUCAUGGACCAUGGCCCGACCGUUGUCGGCGGUGCCAAACACAACAACAACGAGGGGCUCGUGUUGGACACAACGUUCUUGACGGGGUCGAACGCGCUUGGGAUGUGGAUCACGAUCACCGCAGGCAUAUGCUCCAACCUCGGCGUGCAGUUGCAAAAGCAUGCACAUCAACGCCAAGCACGCGCGGCCCAACAUGUCAAGGAGAACUCGUCGACAUCAGUGUACUUUGUCCACAAGCAUUGGAUUCUAGGGAUGGUACUCGUCGUGAUCGGGUCGAUCGGGGACUUCGAAGCGUUGAGCUUUGCUACGCAGUCCCUCGUCGCGACCGUCGGCGGUGGCACGACCGUCCUCACGAACGUCUUCUUUUCGACGAUCUGGCAUGGCGAGACCUUCACCUUGCGCGAUGCGUACGGAACAUGUUGCAUCCUUCUCGGCGUCACGUUGAUCGCUCUGUGCUCUCCCGAAGACGAACAAUACAAUGUCGAACAGCUCGUGGUCAAGUUUCAACGCCCGUCGGUCCUGGCGUACUUGGCGUUUGUCGCGGCCGCCAUCUACUUUAUGCACUCCAUCAUCCGUAGCGGCGACGUCCACGCCGCCAUUCCCACGUCGUUGGGAACCAGCGCACGGGUACGUCGGUUCCUGCACAUGGACCAAGCAAGCGGUCAGGUGUGCGUGCAGCCGCUCUUGUACGCGAUUAAUUCUGGGAUCAUGGGGUCGCUGUCGAUGCUCCUGGGCAAGUGCGCGUCCGAGAUGGUCACAACGACGUUGCACGGCCGCAACCAGUUCAACCACCCGCUCCCGUUCAUCUUUUUCGCCGGCAUGGCCGCCACGAUUGGCGUGCAAGUCCACUGGUUCAACCAGUCGCUCAUGCUGGGCGACAUGGCGAUGGUGUUUCCCGUGUUUCAAGUGUUUUGGAUCGGGUUUGGCGCGGUCGGCGGCAUGGUGCUGUACGGGGACGUCGCGCGGCUGGCGUUCUUUCAAAGCGUGUCGUUUGUGCUCGCGUUCUGGUGCAUCUUGAUUGGAGUGUACAAUUUGGCCCAGCAUGCAGCGCCGCCGGCCAUGCCGGUGGCACACACGCCAGGCGAUUCGUUUCGGCCACUACGCGAUGCCAGCCCAUAUCUCGUGGACGCGUACCAAACCCUCCUCGAGAACGACGACGGCCGCCAUGGUGACAGCGCGACGGCAGCCCACGACAGGCCAAGCACCUACCGCCCCCCCGCGCUUCUCCGCACGCUGUAGAAAACAUUGUUAACGGACUUUACUAGUCGUCCCAUCCAUCGUCGUCGUCAUCGUCGUCA